UAAAUAGGUGAUGGCGCCUAGUUGGAGAUUUAAAGUUUUCUUGGAGUAUCGAUUUAUCAGAGUCUCAAAUUUUGCGCUCCGAGAUUAUCAGUAACAUCAUUUUGUGUCACGUAAUCAGACCAACUUCUAGAAGUAGACUGGUAGGCGGUAGCUAUCGACUGCUGCAGCAGCAACUUCACACUUUCUAGUCCACAGCUAGUCUCUGCCACCAACCACUGAACAACUAUUAUACCUUCAGAUCUGUGCGCGGCUACGGCCAUGGAGUCCGGCGCCGACGAAGUAGUGUUCGACUGCGAUGACUACCGCAUAUACCGGAGCGGCAAGAUGGACCGCCUCUGUCGCCCGGCGCGUGAGCCCACCGGCCUCGACCCGGCCACCGGCGUCACGUCCAAAGACGUGGUCCUUGACCCCGACACCGGCGUGUCCGUCCGCCUCUUCCUCCCCACCAGCCCAGAUCCCUCCAAGAAGCUCCCAAUCCUCGUCUUCUACCACGGCGGCGGCUUCCUCGUCGAGUCGGCCGUCUCCCCGCAGUACCACAACUACGUCGCGUCCCUCGCUGCCGCGGCCGGCGUCGUCGCCGUCUCCGUCGAGUACCGCCUCGCGCCCGAGCAUCCGGUGCCCGCCGCCUACGACGACGCCUGGGCCGCGCUUUCGUGGGCCGCCUCGGCCCAGGACGAGUGGCUCGCCGAGCACGGCGACAGCGCGCGCCUCUUCCUCGCCGGCGACAGCGCCGGCGGCAACAUAGUGCACAACGUCCUCAUCAGAGCGUCGUUCCAGCCGGCGCCGAGAGUAGAAGGCGCGAUUCUUCUGCAUCCUCGGUUCGGAGGGAACACGUUCCUCGAAGGUGAGGUCGAGGCGAAGGCCAAGGACAUGGCCAUGAUCUGGGAGUUCGCGUGCCCCGGCGCGGUGGGCGGCGCGGACGACCCGAGGAUGAACCCGAUGGCGCCCGGCGCUCCGGGGAUGGAGAACCUCCGGUGUGAACGGAUGCUCGUGUGCGCCGGCGAGAAGGACUGGCUGGCGGCCAGGGACCGAGCGUACUACGCGGCGGUGACCACGAGCGCGUGGCGCGGGAGCGUAUCUCGUGGGGGCGUAGCGUGGAUCGAGUCAGAAGGCGAGGGGCACGUCUUCUUCCUGAAGAAGCCGGACUGCGCCAGGGCCAAGGAGCUCAUGGCUCGCGUCGUGGCGUUCAUCGCCGGCGCCUGAGCCCUGAUCUGUGGGCGCACGCCGGCGCGGCGGCAGUGUGCUCUCGUCACAAACGAACUGUAAGAGUGGCUUCGAUUCACAACGUAGAUCUAAUGUUACAAUCCGAUGGAUUGGUGAGCUUGAUGAAGGACACAACAAUGGCCAUUUCCUUGGCCGCCUUCUCCGCCACGACGGAGUUGGAUCUCGCGUCUUUCGAGAAAUAAUACAUAUGCUCCUCGCCCUCCGUCUCGUACAGCACGGCCUCCUCGCCGUCCCAUGCGCUGGCCCGGAGCGCCUCGACGUACAUGCGCGCUCUGUCCCUGGCGAGGUCCAGCUCGGCCGCCGUCACCAGCGCCCGUCGGCAGCCGAGCACCGACCACUUCUCCGGCGGCAUCACGAGCGGGUUGGAGAACGGGUGGUCGAGCCCGUACUUGCCCGCGCAGACGAACCGCCAGUUCCUCUCGGCGGUCUCCGUGGACUCCGUGCCUUCCGACGGCACCGGAGCCUUGCCCAAGAACAGCGGGUGAAGCAGCAGCAUCCCUUCGAUCCGCGCGCCUCCCCGGAGCCCUUCCUUUCCGGCCCUCAUCACCACGUUGUGCGCCAUGUUGCCGCCGCUGCUGUUGCCGGCGACGAAGAUGCGCGUGAGGUCGCCGUGGUCGGCCAGCCACGGCUCCGUCUCCGGGCCCGCGGAAACGCAGCUCGUCGCUGUCCAGCGGAGCGCGGCCCACGCGUCGUCGUAGGCGGCGGGGAGCGGGUGCUCGGGGGCGAGGCGGUACUCCACCGACACGGCCACGACGCGGGCGGCGGCGACAAGGGCGUUGACGUAGCUGGUGUACCUGGCGGAGAAGGCCGACUCGGCGACGUAAGCGCCGCCGUGGAAGUAGACGAGGACGGCGAGCUUCUGGGACUCCGGGACGCUCGUGGGGAGAAAGAGCCGCGCGGCGAGGCCUGUGCCGGCGUCGAUGACAACGUCCUUGGAGGUGACGCCGGUGGUGGCGUCGGUGCCGGCGCUCUUCCGCGACGUUAGACCAGAGCGUUGGACGCGGCCGCUCUUGUACACGAUGGCGAACGGGGAGAGAUCGAAUUCGAUCCCCUCGUCCGGAUCCAUGGCGCCCCGGCGGAGAGGGGAAUACGCCGGGCAGUGGCAACGGUUGUUUUGUGGAAAUAAUUGGUCUUCCGAUUGCUAAUCGCACUUACUUCACUGUUUAUACAGCC